CGGUACCUUUUGGCGACCAAGGGCUUUGUUCAGUCGUCUUACACUAUCCACGGAAGAUACUGAACUUGAGAAGUCAGAGUCUUGCUAAGUUGUGAUUCAUAGAAGAUGGAGCUUAUGUUAGGGAUCUUUUUUAUGGUCGCUGUGACGUGCCAGGCACAGGGUCCGAACAUCAUCAGUCGGAUGGACACAUCGCUUCCAAGACUGGAUCCCGUCAGGGUUGGAUAUGAACGAGAAGUGAUUCAGUUUCAACUGUCUGGUGAACGAGCCAAUAAGGUCAUUGUCAAAACUGUCAGCGUCAAACCACCAAUAUUCACCAUCGAAGAUUUCAUCACAGAAGCAGAGUGCAAGCACAUUAUAAUGUACGCAAAGCGCUUGGGCUUAGAGAAGAGUCCGCUGACCAAAGACUCCGUGGUUAUCGAGGAUGAGACAUCCAUGCGAACCUUCAAAAAAUGGGACUGGGACGGAGACGGUUACAUAGAACCAGCCGAGGUGUCUUCCCUUCCAGGCAAAGGGGACCUCUACCUCACCGAGGAUGACGUACUUGACAUGUUCAAGGAGCUCGAUAUGGACCAAGACAAGGAUGGUCGCAUCAGCUUUGAUGAAUUCUGGCGGAUAGGCGUAACCAACAUAAAGAACCACUUUGACAAGCUCCGCAAGGUACCACAUCUGCGCAGUCGCCACAGCGAACAAGCCUGGAUGUUCCACGAUAACCCCAAGUACCCUCUUCUCGCUGAUCUCCACGGCAGGCUUUCCCGUCUCACUGGUCUACCCAAAUACAUGAUUCGCAAUUCAGAACCGAUCCAGGUUGUUAAGUACAAAGAGCACGGUCACUACCACGCCCAUCACGACUCGGACGAGCUGAACGCCACGCUGCCAUGCUGCUCGUUCCACAAGGAAGAAAACUGCCGGCUCUGCAGAUACAUGACGGUGCUGUUUUUCUUGAACGAGCCGGAGGAGGGUGGCCAAACAGCAUUCCCGUAUGCCAACAACGACACGUUCACAGAAGAGGGCUUACGUCGGGAAAGACGGAAGGUAAACCUCGCACGUCACUGUAAAGAUGCCAACGUGGUGAUCAAACCCAAGCGAGGAAUGGCAGUCAUGUGGUACAACCACGAGCGAGAGCCUAGCUCCGGAUGGCUCGGGAAGCUUGACAGGCGGACCUACCACGGCGGAUGUGACGUCAUCAAGGGCGAGAAAUGGAUCGCUAACGCGUGGCUCAAUGUGAUUGGUGAGAUCAAUUCGGAUGAAUCAUUCAAAGGAUGGUUGCAUUCGUACGAAGGGGAGGAUGGACUGAUAGCCGAAAACAUGCAGACGGAGAGAACACUGCAAGGACCGCCGGGAAAGGAAGGCGAAGAGAUAAAGGGAGAGACAGGGAAGACUUCGAGCAAGCAACAAGAGAGUGGGACAGCAGGGGUACAGGAAGGCAAGAGCAGGGAGGACUUGUAAUCAAGUCGGAACUAUUCACACAUCUCUAGAGGGUUAUGCAAGAUAACGUAAUGUUAUGUAACAUAACGUAAUCAUCCGUGGUUAAUGCCAUGGUUUAUAACGUUAUCCUUAAAAUAACUUUGAGACACAGACGGAGUAUAGGGAGACAAUGCUUUGAAGGACUUGUAGUCGGAUCACAGUAUGGGCAAUUUAAAGAAAGGUCAGUACCGAGUCGGAACUUUUCAUAAACAAGGAUUUUUUUUGUAGCUUUUUCUGUGUGUGAUUUUUUUAGGAGAGAUUGAUUUGUAAUAAUUUAUAAAUAUCUUAAAAUAAAAAAAAGUUAUCAAUAAAUGUACCACGUGCACACGCUGUAAA